UUUCCAAUGAAGUGGUCUCUCACUUUCCCAUCAACUUCAUCCAUCAUUCAAGUCACCACAACCCAUCUCAAAUACUUCUCACCGUUCUCACACCCCUUAUUACGUACCAAUCUCUACCUCCCCAAACCAAAAUGUCUCCUCCCACAGAAACCCGCCUGACCUUCCUCGAAAACCUCACCAUCGCCAUCAACACCGUGAAGAAAACCUACCCAGACGCCCAACUCUACGAAGUCGAAGCCCGCAAUCUCAAUCCAAGCGUCUACAUGCACAAGCCGACAGAGAUCACCUUCCUGAAAGCGGUCUUCCACGUGGGCCACAACGCCACGGCUAUCAUCUCCACGGGCAUGGUGUGGGGUGAAUGGAACGAGGUCGAGUACAUCCCGAAGCCGUGGCUGGAGGAUGUGGUGAUCCCGUGGCCCGUGGCGAUGGACGCGGAGCAGGCCGACGCCCUCCUCAAGAUUGCCGGGUAUACUGGCGGUUACAAGGUGAUCACCCUGCGGCAUCCGCUGCAUCCGGAUUUCGAUGAGCCGUACUAUAUUUUCAAUGUGGAGGGGGUGUUUGUGUUUGUGGGUGUGGAUGAUAAGAAGGUCUUUGUUGGCGAUUCGGGCGUGAUGGAGGGGAGGGGUGCGAUGUAGAGGAUUGGUUGGAGGUGGUUAUAGACAGUGGUUGAUGUAUUUGAGGACUUUGGUGCUGCUUGUAUGUUAGGUUAUGGUCCGCUGACCAUCGCCUCAUGCAGGCAUUCAUUGUUGAGCUGCUGUGGCUGUCAGACUUUUGGCAGUUGUCGGCGCGAUGUUCUCGGGGGAAGGAAA